AUGCUUCCAAGUAGCAUUUACACUUUCCUUUUGUGCUUUAUUAUUUGUUUCUUUAGUGUCUCUUGCUCAUCAUCUGAGUACAGACUGGAGGGAGAUUACUUAUUGGGUGGUCUUUUUGCCUUACAUGAAGUGGAUCAUGCUACACCCCUGUCCACCCCAGAGGCCAUUGAAUGUUCCAGGCACAUUAACUCGGUAUCUGGCUAUCAGAUGUUUCAAGUGAUGAGGUUUGCUGUUGAGGAGGUUAAUAACUCCACCACCCUUCUGCCUAAUGUUUCUCUAGGCUAUGAGAUUUUUGACUAUUGUUCUGAAACAAAAAAUUUUCCUGCAGUCUUCAGUUUUAUCUCACAAAAUGGAUCAAUAAAACCUAAAGAAAUGCUCAAUGACCAUCAGCCUAAAGUGAUUGCUUUAACAGGACCAUAUGGAAGCACAAGAACUAUGACAAUUGCACCAUUGUUCACAGUCGAUCUUAUACCAAUGGUGAAUUAUGGAGCUUCCAGCUAUGCGUUAAGUAAUAAACUUCAGUAUCCCUCAUUUCUAAGAGCAGUUCCCAGCAACAAAGAUCUGAUACAGAUGAUUAUUCACAUCAUACAGUGGUUUGGAUGGAACUGGGUUGCCUUCCUUGGAAGCCAAGAUGCCUACAGUGAAGAUGGCCUAAGACAGUUUAACAAAUAUAUUAUCAAUAAUGGCAUUUGUUUGGCCUACCAAGAGACUCUCAGCUUAGACGCAAACUACAGUCUAGUACUUAAAAAAAUGGAAAUGCUCAAAAUCAAUGUCAUUGUGGUUUUCGCUGUGCCACAAUUUGCAAAAAACCUAAUCAAAGCAGCCAUAGCGAACAACAUCCGAGACAAAGUUUGGAUUGCAGGUGAAACAUGGUCUAUGGACCAACAGCUUCAAAGAGAACCAGGAAUUGAGAAAAUUGGUACAGUUAUUGGCAUUACGGAGCGAUUAUUGACAUUGCCUGGAUUUGAUGAAUUCAUCUAUAAAGCCAAAGGAACAUCUAAUGUUCAUAACAAUGAUAGCGUUGAAGUCCAGAGUGACACAUGUAAUCAAGCUUGUGAGAGCUGCACAUUGUUGACCGCAGAGGAAAUUUUAAAUGAAAAUCCCACAUUCUCAUUUGGCAUCUAUGCAGCCAUAUAUACCAUAGCUCAUGCAUUACAUAAAGUUCUGCAAUGUGAGAUGAAUGAAUGCAGAAACACAACGGUUAGGCCAUAUAUGCUUCUGGGAGAAAUGAAGAAAGUAGAUUUUCCACUCAAUGGUCGUCAGGUGAAAUAUGAUGAUCAUGGUGAUCCAAUCGUCAGUUACGCAAUUGUGCUUUGGCACACUGAAGCAAAUCCUGCACAGUUUAAGAUGGUGGGUACAUAUGAUACAUAUCCAGAAAUUACCUUUACCAUCAACAGCUCUCUCCUCCUCUGGCAUAACAAUUCUGUUCCUUUCUCAAACUGCUCUGCAGAGUGUAUGGAGGGAUUUACAAAGCUACCCGAGGGACUGCAUGAUUGCUGUUUUUGGUGUAAAAAAUGCCCAAGGAACAGCUAUGUUAAUUAUUCUAGAGACCCCUAUACCUGUUUUUCAUGUGCAGAGAGUGAAUGGUCUGAUGAGGGGAGCACAACAUGUAAGACACGCUCAGUUAUCUAUCUUGAGUACACAGAAAUCCCCUCCAUUGUGUUCAUGCUUUCUGCCUUAUGUCUGAUUAUUCUCUUAAUUGCCAUCCUUUGCCUUUUCAUCUACAAUCAUGAUACACCAAUAGUGAAGUCUGCAGGUGGUAGCAUGUGUUUGUUAAUGUUGUCAUGUUUGACUAUGUCUAACUUAAGUAUGUUCUUUUUCUUUGGAAAACCCACAUCUGCACAUUGUAUCUUGAGAAAUUUCAUAUUUGCAUUUUUCUUCACUGUGUGUCUCUCCUGUCUGACUGUCCGUGCCUUUCAAAUUGUUUGUGUCUUCAAAAUGGCUGCCAAGUUCCCUAAAUUCCACAGCUUGUGGGUGAUGCAUAAUGGCCAGUGGCUCUUCAUUAUGUUUUGCUCUCUCAUUUGUUUAUUUACCUGUGUGUUAUGGGCAACUGUUGCACCUCCAAAACCCACCAGGGACACAUUUUCAUUUACAGGCCAGAUUAUGCUUGUCUGUGAAAGGGGCAACACUAUGACCAUUAGCACACUUGUGUUUGUAAGUUGGUUUCUUGGUCUCCUGUGUCUCAUGUUUUCUUACAUGGGAAGAGAUCUGCCGAAAAAUUAUAAUGAAACCAAAUCAAUAACCUUUAGUAUUGUUUUGUUCUAUGUGAGCUGGAUUGUAUACUUUACAGCAAACCUCACUCUCAAAAGCAAAUACAUUCUGCUUUUAAAUGCAGUGGCCCAGCUAGCCAGUAUAAAUUCAAUUGUCUUCAGCUAUUUUAUACCAAAAGCUUGCAUCAUAAUAUUUCAACCAGAAAAAAACACUCCAGCAUACUUUCAAACAUCAAUUCAGAAUUACACCCAAACCAUUAGCAGGACAUAGUCCACACAAAGGUGUAGCACAGAUGCAGA